UUUAUUCUCUUACUUCAUUCUAGAUUUGUACAUUUUGCACAAGCAGAGGGCGAAACGACGUCAUUUAGCAUCUAGCCACCUCCAAUUGCGGGCUGUAUUUAUAUAACCGAAAAUUGAAAUGGAAGCGAAGCUGAAACUCUAAAGUAGCCGAUGAUUGAUGGCGGCGGAGUGGCAGUGGGAGAACGCGGCCGCCGGUUCUGCCGCCGGCCUCGCCACCGUAUCCUUCACUCACCCCCUCGAUGUCAUUCGCACCCGAUUCCAAGUGAACGAUGGCCGAUUGUCGAACCUACCAACGUAUAAGAACACUCCCCACGCUCUCUUCACCAUUGCUCGCACUGAGGGUUUUAGAGGGCUAUAUGCUGGCUUUUACCCUGCUGUUCUUGGAUCAACUAUUUCAUGGGGUUUAUAUUUCUACUUCUACAGCAAAGCCAAACAGAGAUAUUUGAGAAGCAGAGAGGAACUGAGCCCUGUUCUUCAUCUUGCAUCAGCCGCUGAAGCUGGAGGCCUGGUCUGUUUUUGCACCAAUCCUGUUUGGCUGGUGAAAACAAGGUUGCAGCUUCAGACUCCACAGCAAGUUCGUCCGUAUUCCGGUUUUCACGAUGCUUUAAGAACCAUUCUGAAAGAAGAAGGAUGGAGGGCACUCUACAAAGGACUCGUGCCUGGUCUUUUUCUGCAGGUUACACACGGUGCCAUUCAGUUUACAGCCUACGAGGAACUACGUAAAAUGGUUAUCAAAUUUAGGACUGAAGAAAGUGCCGAAAACCCUAAUGUUGCUGAAAAUUUAUUGGACUCAUUUGAUUAUGCAGUAUUGGGUGCUUCUUCAAAAUUAGCUGCCGUGGCUUUGACUUAUCCAUUUCAGGUUAUUCGAGCUAGAUUGCAGCAACGUCCAAACAUUGAGGGCAUUCCCAGGUACGUGGAUAGCUGGCAUGUUAUGAAAGAAACGGCACGCUUCGAGGGUCUACGAGGUUUCUACAAGGGUAUAACUGCAAACGUGCUGAAAAAUGCUCCUGCUGCUUCAGUUACAUUCAUUGUGUAUGAAAAUGUGCUGAAUAUGUUGAAAUUGGCUAGGAAGAAAGAUUCAUAAUCAUAUCGAUUCGUUGUUUAUUAUUUGUUUAUUUAUUUGACUUGGGCUUUAAUUUGCCCUAGCAAUUAUUUUCGGUG